UCUCUGACUGCAUAACAGGCAUAACACGUCAGAUGUAAAAUCGCGCAGACAGAAAAGCAACACAAGAAGAUCAGAAUCGUCGCAUAUUUUGCUCAGCUAGAAAACUCGUCGGGUGUGCAAAAUUAUGAAGGUGUUUUCAGGAGAAUUACUGUGAUCUAAGUGAUAUUUAAGUUUCGAUUGUGUAAAGCGAAGAAAUUAACCGCAAAAGGAUGUUGCUAAAUGUUUACGAACUGUCGCAGCUCAGCGACGGGCAAAGGCUCAGCACGGUGCUAUUUUUUCUAUUAAUAGAAAUGUUCAUUGAUCGUGCACAAUCGUCAACUUCACAGGCGGAAAUAGACCGACAUUUGGAAAUGGGAAGAGAUCUUUUAGCAAAACGACAGUUUUCGGAUGCAUUGACACAUUAUCAUGCUGCCGUAGAGGGUGAUCCGAACAACUAUCUAACGUACUUCAAACGCGGUACGGUCUAUCUAGCGCUGGGUAAAGCCAAAUUCGCUAUCAACGAUUUCUCCCGAGUGUUGGAGCUGAAGCCGGACUUUCUGGCAGCACGAGCCCAGCGUGGUCAAGUGUAUUUAAAAAUGGGUGACUUCGACAACGCUGAAAUUGAUCUGAUGGAAGUGCUCCGAAUGGAUCCGCACAAUCAUGAAGUAAACUUCCAAUAUGCCCGAAUCGAUCCAGCCAGAGAUCAGUGGGUGCUCUGCUUGGACGUGAUCGAGCGUGAAGACUUCACGACGGCAAUUGCUCUGCUAACACAGCUUUUGGAGAUGUGCCCAUGGUCAGUGGAAAUCCGAGAGGCGAGGGCCCAGGCCUAUAUCCGGAUAGGAGAUCGGUUGGCCGCUGUUAGUGAGUAUCGGUCUGUUAACAGGCUGUCUCAUGACGGUACCGACGGGUACUAUACAUUGUCGCAGUUGUUGUACGACCUGGGCGACUCGGCUGCGGCUUUAAAAGAAAUCCGAGAGUGUUUAAAGUUGGAUCCAGAGCAUAAAGAUUGCUUCCCAUUUUACAAAAAAAUUAAAAAGGUCGAUAAAGUUCAUGUGGACGCUCAGUCAGCUAUGAAGGAGCAACAGUACUCCGAAUGCAUUGCGCUCGCAGAAAAGUUAAUCAAUUUGGAACCAGAUGUUCCGAUGAUGAGAUACAAUGGCAAACAACUGCUCUGCGCAUGUCUAGUUAAAGAUGAACAGUACUCAGUCGCUGUGGGUCGAUGCCGGGAGGCUUUGGACAUCUACCAGGACCCGGAAGUGAUGUGCGAUCGUGCCGAAGCUCUUAUCGGAGUUGAAAUGUACGACGAUGCUAUUCAUCAGUAUCGUGAAGCGUUGGAUAUCAACGACAAUCAUCAACGAGCCAAAGAAGGCGUCGAACGUGCCCAGCGACUUCAGAAACAGGCAGAACGGCGCGAUUAUUAUAAGAUUUUAGGAGUAAAGCGAACUGCUUCCAAACAGGAAAUUGUGAAAGCCUACCGAAAGGCCGCUCAAAAGUGGCAUCCGGACAAUUUCCAUGGCGAUGAAAAAAAGAUAGCUGAAAAAAAAUUCAUCGAUGUAGCUGCAGCGAAGGAAGUCCUAACGGAUCCGGAAAAGAGGCAACAAUUUGAUUCUGGUAUGGAUCCUCUAGAUCCUGAAGCUAACAGAUUCGGCGGCGGAGGAAACCCCUUCCAUCACUUCCAACAUGGAUCCCCGUUCCAGUUCAAAUUCCACUUUACGUAGAGUACAUAGUUCGCUUUCCUUACUAUUCUCUUUCAUACUGUCCACCUGUUAAUGCCGUACAGUGCCAGCUUUAAUUUAUUUCGUCGUUUAGUAUGGUUGGAGUUACUUAGAUUUGAGGCGAAUAUCAAUGCGUUCUCUAUCACCAGCGAAAUACUAAGUGAACUACCGAGCAUGAUCGAAUUUAAGAAGCAAUUAUCUUUCUUGAAAAAAAACUGGAUACCAGUCAGAAGAAGAUGUAAGUUACGAUUAAAAUGGAAAAAUGAUGAAAUAUGCAGGAAACAUAGAUUAUGAUGAUUCGGAAUGAGAAUAAGAAGUAAAAUUUUGUGUUUCCUUUUAUUUCUCGUUUUUCCAAAGAACUGAAAAAGAUCGAAACCUUAGUAUAAAUGGUUGCUUUAUCACAUUUAAAUAUAAGACAAGAAUAUA